GCUGCAUUAUAGCUAUAUUCUGCAUAUACACCUUCCCUGCAGUGGCCACUACAGGACGAAUGUAGUAGUACAUGCAGCAAUUCAAAUGAAUGUAAUACAUGCACGGACUGGGCCUGGUAGAGUAAGGCUAGGUUCAGACUACGGAAUCUCCGGGCAUAAAAUUUCCGCCCGGAGAUUCUGAGUGCGGCCAGCGCUGACUGAAUAAGUCGGCGCUAGGACCACGCGCGGACACUGCAGUCUCCAAUAGACUGCAAUGUGUUCCGUGCGGAUUUCUGCCUGAAGAAUGAGCAACCGUUUUCUUCAGGCGGAAAUUUCCAAGCGGAUUUUCCGUUCACAAAUUCCGCUUCACAAAUUCCGAAGUGUGAAUUUGUGAACGGAAACCCAUUGACUACAUUAUACAUUUUAGCAAGCGGAAUUUCCGCCUGCAAUUUCAAAGAGGAAUUACAGGCGGAAAUUCCGUAGUCUGAACCUAGCCUAAGAACUUCUGCGUUCCCAGUUCUGCUCACAGAAGAAGUCCUGGGCUGAGGACCACACUCUAUAAUGUCUAUAUUCUCUAAGGGUCUGUUCACACGUACACAGAUUUUAUCAGUGUUGAGCGCGAAUAUUCGAAAUGCGUAUAGCGGCACUUCUCGAUUUCGCGAAUAUUUAGAAUAUAGUGAUGUAUUCAUAAUGACGAAUAUUUUUUUUUUCAUGCAAAUUUAUGCAAAUAUGCAAAUAUCGACACUUCCAGACUGGACACUGAUCCCUCCCUUCUUUUAGGUGGAAGAUAUAAUUGCGCAUGCUCACUAUGCGAAUUUCAUUAUGAAUUUUCGCAUGAAAAAAACAAAUAUAGCGAAUAUGCAAACUUUGCGAACAAAGAAUGAAUAUUCGUCCAUAUAUUCGUGAAAUAUCGGAAAUUCGAAUAUGGCCCCUGCCGCUCACACAGGAUUUUCUGCUGCAGAUCUCAAUGUAAACUGAAUGGUUGAACACAGCUUCUAAUCGGCAGUUACAAGUCCUGCGUAUACAGUACCCUAAUAAAGUAUUACAAGGGGUGUUACUAUAGGGCAGUGUUUCCCAACCAGGGAGCCUCCAGCUGUUGCAACACUACAACUCCCAGCAUGGUCGGAUAGCCUUCGGAAUGUUGGGAGUUGUAGUUUUGCAACAGCUGGAGGCACCUUGGUUGGGAAACACUGUGUUAGAGUACUGUGCAGCCCCGGUUAUUUCCCACAAGCUUAGAAAGUCUUAACAAGGCUUAAUGAUGGUUUCCUUUGGCCAACAGAUUAUCUUCUAUGCUGCUCAGAGUAAAACAAAAUUAACUUGAAAACAACAAAAAGUUAAUGUAGAUGUUUAAAAAAAAAAAUGAGAAUGCUGGGAUUUACCUUUGCUAUCUAUAUAUAUGAAAACAUUAGAUAGUUUUUCAUGGCUGAAAUAGUUAAAGAGUACCUGUCACCAAAUAAAACUUUUAAUAUAAUGUUCCUUGUGUAAUUAGCAGACACUUCUCCAUUCACUUGCUUUUAAAAUUAUCAACAUAAAUAUUUUUAAAAUGUAAUAUAAUAAACGAUCACUAGGUGGCUCUUUUCUGUUCCCUGCUACAAUUAAUACAGUGAGUUUGGUCUCCUCCUGGCCUGGCAGGAGUCCAAACUCAGGAAGUACUUUUCUGCACUGAGCUUGAUUGACAGCUGAACAGAAAGCGAAAGUUCCACAAAUUCUCACAGAAAGCUGCACAGACUGAUAGCUGAAAGAGAGCCUCACUGAUAGCAACACAGGCUGAAACAUGCACAGAGCCUGAGGUCUUCUAUUCAUCACAGCACUGCAACCAUGUGAGGGCGGAAGUGGUCCCCCAGCAGGCUUCAGUGAUGUCAUGCCUGCUGGGAAACGCCCACUUUCUCCUGCUGGGAAAUUGCACUAUGCCAGCAAGAAGAAAGGAAGAACAUGAAGGAUCCUGGGUGUUUUAUAUCAGACCGUCCCGAUGCAAUGUUGGAGAAACCACCGACUUGGUCUUCAAGUUCUCUUCUACGUAAGAUCUGGACUCACAAACAGCGUAAGAAUGGCCGCUUCUUCCAUGGAGCUGAAGUCCCGGAUGUUUGCAGUGGAACCAAGUAGUUUUUCCUCUAAUCCCUUCUAUUUUAGAACAUUCAGUGAUGGACAACAGGCACCAUCGAUGACCCCUGAUGACUGGCCAAUGCUGGCUCAUGGAGGACAUGCCUUCUCUGUAUGUCUAACUAUGGGGCAUAGAGUUAACACUGCAAGACUGCACAAGGUAUUGGGACAACAGGUAUCUCAACAGCUUCCAGGUAGUGAGAUCUUAAGAUUAAUCUCCUAUAGUCCGGAGAACCUACACGGGUCCAUACAGAAGGGUUUCUUCAUCUUGGCCCCUCAUUCCUUCACUGAUGCACAGAGGAGACUGUGCAGUGUCCUCAGGGGGUACAAGCAGGACGUCCAGCUGUGCAGCUACAGAAUAGGAGAAGGACGAGAGAUCUGGCAAUGUCUAUGGGAACUGAAUGGAGAAGCAAAGGAGAUGGUGAGGUCCCAAGUGCGGAGAGUGGAUGAACCGGUGUCAUCUCCGUUUGUGGACAAUAUUAAAGGUUCCGCUGUGUUCUACUCAUUGGAAGAGGCAUGUGAAGUGCUAGAAGAGUGUUCCACGGUUAUCCCUGAAGCUAAGAAGGUUUUGGCCUCAGUGGAGCAGUAUAGGACUAUGAAGAGAGGACACUUUCCUAUCAUUGUUGUCGAGGGGCUUGAUGCCACAGGAAAAUCCACUCUGACCGAGUCUCUUAAGAGUCACCUAAAUGCCGCGUUACUGAAGUCACCUCCUGAUUCCAUCAGCCAGUGGAGAUCGAUCUUUGAUUCAGAGUCAUCGCUAAUUAAAAGAGCGUAUUAUGCUGUGGGCAACUACAUUGGAGCUGCGGAAAUAGCGAACGCAUCAAAAACAUCUCCAGUUGUUUUGGACAGGUUCUGGCACAGCACAGCUGCCUAUGCUAUAGCCACCGAAAUAGGAGGUGACCUCCACAACCUACCAGAGCCUCACCAUGACGUCUACCAUUGGCCAGAUGAUCUCCUUAGGCCUGACCUUGUCCUUCUGUUGACUGUCUGUGAUGAGGAGAGAAUCCGUCGUAUCCAGAGCCGGGGCCUUACUGUGACAAAAGAAGAAAAGGAAUUAGAAGUUAACAGCAUCUUUAGACGAAAAGUGGAAGAAGUCUAUAAGAGAAUGGAGGACCCGGGCUGCGUUAUUAUUGAUGCCAGCCCCUCUAUGGAGACGGUUUUACAGGAGGCAAUCCAUGUUAUUAAGAAACAUUGUGACAUCUAAUUGGGAAUAUCUCAAAUGAAAAUAUAUACUGAAUCAGACUCCUUUUAUCUAAUAUGUUUUUAUUAUCAAGUUGUGCAACUUUUGUUUACUCUGUUUUCUGUACAGGAUUAGGGGUUGUACAGGAUUUUGUUUGUUUUGCCGUAUCCAGCACUAAAUCUAUAGAGGCCCGUUGACAGCUAUGAGGUAGUGUAGUGGGCAUGCUCUGUGACAUGUGCGGGGGAGGAGAGGAGGGCCAUGCUCUGACGAUCACCUGUUGUCAAUGGCACAAUCCCAUGUUAUCUGCCGACACCUUUUAUUGUAAUCCUGUGAGGGUAUCAUGAUUAUUGCUGCUCAAAGGUCCUUUUCCAGUAACAUUUGCAUUCCUAGGAUUGCCCAUUCCCAAUAAUUGGCCCAUGUAAAAGGGCCAGCGAUCAAGCUUGUUUGUUGGCUGAUUUGAUCUUUUAUGGGGCCAUUUAUUGAUGUUUGGCCGACAAUGAGGAUAAAGGCAGCAAGAAUGAUCCAGCAAUCAGCCCAUGUAAAAGGACCCUUACACAAUACAAGCUGGAAAUUGACUGGAUGUAUCACUGUAAUACACAUCAAUAUUUUAGGAUUUGUUUGGAUGGUAACAAUAAAGAUGUACAAAAAUAAAAUAAAUACAUUAAAAAUUGUUGAAAAUUAAAACUAUGAAUAAACAGUAGAUAAUUGUCUAUCUAUAGAUUCCCUUUAAGUCAGUGACCGAAUAAAUGUAGAUGAAAUGUUCUAUUCUCCCUUUAAGAACACUGGACAAGGUGACAAUACAUGUACAGUAGGAAGUGUACGCUGAAGACUGAUUGUUUAUGGAAUGAAUAUGUGUCGGUCACGGGCUGAACAAUCUAUAAAUAAAUCUAGGAAUAC